CUUCGGCAUCAGUCACAAAUAUAGCAAUAGAAAAUAUGAAAUUCCUUAUUGUAUUCGCCUGCAUGUUGGCCAUCGCUUUCGCCAACGAGGAAGCCAAUGUUCUGAGGAGCGAGCAAGAAGUUGAACCCGAUCGCUUCCACUACGUACUUGAACUCGACAAUGGCGUGAGCCUACAACAGCAAGGUCGUUUGGAGGGUGAUGACGUCUGGAAGGUGGAUGGCUCUUUCCGAUUCAUCUCGCCGGAAGGUGAAGAAGUUGGCUGGACUUAUAACGCUGAUGAUACUGGUUUCCAUCCCGAUCCAAACAGCAAGUGGAUUCAUCCUAUCCCAGAACACAUCAUCAAGUCUAUUGAAUACAUUAAGAAUCAUCCAAGUCAGGAAUAAAGUGUUCACACGUAAAAAAUUAAUUACGCUUUAAUUUAAGUUUCAAUUUGUUUGCUAAUAAAAAUAUAUGGACGAAUGUGAUAUUAGCUCAA